UACGUCUCAGUUUCUCACGAUGUCGACUAGCCUGUUUCUGUUUCUCACUCUUGUUGGGCAAAUAAUGGCUAAAAAACCUCCUGAUCUGCAGUGCAUGGUGAUUAACCUGGAAUAUGUUAACUGUUCCUGGAACCUGCAGGAAACUCCAGACGUCAAUUACACUUUUUCCAGCCGGUUUGAAGGAGAGGAUCAAAGUAGCUGUGCUGAAUAUCUGUUAGAGAACGGAAUAAACAUUGGAUGUAGGCGUCCCUACAACUACACCAGACGCCAGAGAUUUGACACAUUUUACACCAAACUGAGUGACGGCAGUCAGGUGUUUCAGAAGGAACUUCAACUUAAAACUAAAGUGAAAUUAAACCCACCAACCAACCUGACGGUAAAGAAUGGAUCUGAUUUUAACCUGUGGUUUUACUGGAACCAGACUAACCCCAAAUGUGUCGACAGUGAAGUACGAAUCAGAAUCAACAACAGCGACUGGGAGAUUUUGUCAGUGUUUCAUAAGCAGAGUUAUUGCCAGAAGUUGCCCUCCAGCAGCUCCAGAUAUGAGCUACAGGUGAGGAGCAAAUUAAAGUAUGACUGUGGAGACUCGGAAUAUUGGAGCGACUGGAGCGAGCCUGUGGUCUGGGGAUUCAAUAACACCACAGACACAAAUAUAAGAAAUAAUGGAAUAUCAGUGUGGACAGCGGUGCUGUAUGCUGCUGGUGCCACCACCCUCAUUCUUCUGGUCAUGAUCUUACUGCACAGUGAACGGAUUAAAAUCAUCCUAAUCCCUCCACUUCCCAAGCCCGUACUGAACUCUCCUGAUGUUGAGGAUUGGUUUCAUUUCCCCAAAGGCCUUAUUAAAGAUGGAUUUAAUAGCACCUUCAAUGAGCGAGCCUGCACUGUGAGCGAGUACCAACCUGUCUCGCGGUCCGACAGCAACGGCUCUGACAGCUCCAACCUUACCACCUCCACCGAUCAAACCGACUGCUCUAUCACCAUCGCAGGGGAUGGGGCAGGGCUGAAGGCUUCGGUGUAAAUGUUGUUUGAGGCAAAUUUUGAUCUGUCAAAUUGGAACAAUUCUUCUUUUUGUUGUUGGACAAAUGUCCUGACAUACUGUAGGAAUAGGACAAUAGCUGGAUUUCAGAAAAACAUGAAAAAAUCAAGCAAGUAAACUGGAAAUAAAAGGUCAUGCAUCAUGCAUUUGUGACCCAUGUACGAUAGCAUCAGGAUUUCUAAACUAUAUAUAGUAGCAGAAAGAUGUUUUGAACCUUGAAAAAUAGUCCAAAAAUGGGUUUCUUAGCAGGUUGGUUUAUAUUGAGGACACGUUCAAAAAGUAUGUUCUAGUUUUAGAUAUUUUGAAGUGGGAUUUAUGAAGAGGCGUACAAACAAAUUACAAACCACUUGUUUAUUUUACUUCUUUCAAUUAACAUUUUUAUCUAUGUUGAAGCUGAGAGACUGAAAGAUAUUGUAUGAAUGUAUUUUUUAUUAUAAAUGUAAGAACUUAUACUAAAAAACAUACCUGUUGACUUUAAAGUUGAUGCAGGAAAUGAAUAGUUAUAGUUAACCAAAAAGUGUUCACAAUGUUAUUUUGUAUCAUUAUUUUGGGAAGCAGUUAUAAUUUGAUAGCCUAUCCAGGGUUGUAAAAUUACCACUGUAUCAUUGUAUCACUGUAUCACUCUACUUCCAGUGAUGCAUGUUUUAAGGUUUUACAAAUAUUCACCUUUGAGUUUAAUCUUUUAUAACUAAUUCUUAAUUUUAUUGCUUAUAUCCGUUAUAUUAAAUGUGCGUUGCUUACCCAGAUUUGUAAUACCUGAUGUUAA